AGAUCCUCAAAUGUCAUCUUCACAGGAUGUGAAUUGAUGCAAACUAGGAACAACUCCAGGAAAACAGAACUUGAUUUGGUGCUGCAUAUAGAAGCUGAGAAAGAGGAUGAUAUUCAAUUCAACUGGUGUCUCUUCAAAAAAAUAAGCGCUGAUAUGGUGCUCUGUGCCACAAAACAGGAAGUUGAGAAAAAACAUAGUCAUUUUCGCACACACACACACACACACACUGCACACACAUACAUCGCACACACACACACACUGCACACACAAUGUGUGGUCAAUAAGGGUAAUAAGAGAGAAGACAUACGUUGUGAUCUGCCACAAAAAGAAUCCAUGAGUUGGACCUUUCAGAUCUGUACAAAAACACUGGGGCACUGCGAGCAUGAAUGUGAGCCAGGUCAACUCCACCAAGUGUGUUCGGGACACGAGUGUGACCUCCGUGGUCUUCCCCUGCCUCUACAGCGCGGUCUUCCUGGCAGCCCUGGUGCUCAACUUGCUGGCCACCUGGAUUUUCUUCCAGAUUCCCAGCACCUCCACCUUUGUGGUGUACCUGAAAAACGUUGUGGCAGCAGACCUGCUCAUGACAUUCAGCGUGCUGGUGAAGGUGCUGAGCGACUCUGGUGUGGGCUCCUGGCGGCUGAAGGCCUUCUACUGCCGCUACUCCGCCGUGCUCUUCUACACCACCAUGUACAUCAGCAUCCUGCUGCUGGGCCUCAUCAGCCUGGACCGCUACCUGAAGAUCGUCCGACCCUUCGGAAAGUGCAUCCUGCAGAGGGUGGGCUUUGGGCAAGGGCUGAGCGUCGCCGUCUGGCUCAUCAUGUUCUCCCUGGCGCUGCCCAACGUGGUUCUGAGCAACAAGGAGCCGGCCCAAUCCGCCAAGCUGAGGUGCUCUUCCAUGAAGGAUAAGGCCGGCCUGCUCUGGCACGAGGGGUUCAACUACUUCUGCCAGGUGGUGUUCUGGGGCACUCUGGCUCUGAUGGUGGUGUGUUACACGUUCAUCAGCAGGAAGGUUUAUGAGUCAUUCCAGGCCUCUCGCAGUAAGUCUAAAGCCGCAAGCAGGCGGACCAAAGCCAAAGUGUUCAUUGUGGUGGUGGUGUUCUUCAUCUGCUUUGCUCCCUUUCACUUUGCCCGUGUACCCUACACGCUCACCCAAACGCGCAAUGCCAACCCCUGCUGGGUGCAGAACCAACUCUACAUUGCCAAGGAGACAACGCUCUGGCUGUGUACCACAAACAUUUGCUUGGACCCACUCAUCUACAUCUUCCUGUGCAGAAUGUUCCGCAGGAAGCUGGCUGCCACUCUAAGGCGUAAGCCCCUCCCCCUGGGCAGCCCAGAGUCCCCAACAGACACUUCCACUAAAUUGGAGAUGUCUUCCGUGGUGCACAAUAGGAAUAUCAGAACAGAACAAAUGGAAAGAAACAUAAAUGACAGUCCAUAGAGUAUAUAAAAAGAGCAACAGGAAUGAAAACCCAUGGAGAAAAUCGUUGACAUUUCUUAGAAGUUUUAGAACAUUAGGACAAAUGCUGUAAAACAUAUAUGUCAAGAUCACAGAAGAUGUUCCAAGUUGCAUAAACAUUUGAUAACAUCCUCUGAUGGUUAUCAUUUAACCAUGGGGGAAAACACUGUGGAUAUCAACAAAAUUUUCAGGAUGAUGCAAAUGUAAUUGACAAGUCAAAGUUUUUAACAAUAUUUUUGGAUUGAAUGAAUAUGGAUUACAAUAUACAUUUUUUUAAACUGAAAUAACAAAAUUGAAUGACAUUUUGAAACCAUUCCUUCAUUGCUCCUAGUGACUUUAAACAACCAUUCAAGGGACAUCCAUGGAACCAGACAAAGGUCAUUCUUAAUUGUUGAAAUUUUCUGGGAAUCAAAAAAUGUCAGUUGGCUUAGGCAUGAUUGGCCUUGCAGUAAAAAACAACCAUCCAUAUAAUCCUGUAUGAUUUGCAUUAUCCAAAGAACUAAGGAGACUGUAGUCCCUCAUUGGGACUUCGAGGUGCUGUUUCCCAGAUAGCAUAUUAAUUAUCCUGUCACAAGUUUCCUUAAACUGCAGCUAGCCUGUGAUGUUGUAUCAUUGUACAUUAAUAGCAUUGCUCAGUGGCAUCCUGAAUUAUAUGGAGAGGCCACAUCAUCACUGCCAUUCAAUAUGAAACAAUGUACCCUCCCAGAGAAAGAAGGAGAGUGAUUGGCUUAAGAGGUCAUCCUCACAGGAAAUGGAAAAACUUCAUGCCCCUGUUGCUGUUCGCCUGAGUGAGGUACUUUACCUUAUCCUGCACUUUUAAUGGAUGCAAGAAUGGUCGUUCCACACCACCAUACCAAAAUUUCCAUAUGUAUGUGCGUGCUACGUACUUACCCAGCAGCGUGUGGAUUCGUUGUAUCUUCACCACCUGUAAUGAGCCUGUGAAAAUAACAGCUUAAAAUGCAGACAAUCUAUUUUUCAAAUGUGUAAAAUGAUAUGUUGCAUAUAUUUCAGAAAAAUAUAUUUUUGCCAUUUUUCCUUCUUAUAUGUAUGCUUAUGAUUUAGUAUGCUUUGAACUUUAAAAACUUUUUUUUUCCACAAGGUGAACAUCAUGAUCAAAAUAUAUGAAAAAUAUCAAUAUACAAUACGAUAUAGAUAAAUAGAAUAGUGAAAUAUGCAAUAGUAAAGAAACAUUUACUGUGAAAUGCUGUCUUAAGCAUGUACUUAAGAUAUGUGUUUCAUGGGAUUGAUUUUAUACAAAUGAGAUGUAAAUUGAGCGUUCUGGUUCUGUUGUGUAUGUGGAAGUCAGUACGCAUCUUCAGCUUCUUUAAAAUUCAAUUUUACUUUAAAGUUUCAUGCCCCUCCCUUCCACUUUUCUUCCUUACCGGAAAUAGGUCUCUUAUUCUACACAAAAAUCUUGAACUGUGAUUUCGCUACGUAGCAUACAGGAAGUCAUACUGAAAUACUGAAAUUCACGAGUUUAACGAUAAGACAGGAACAAGGUUUUUGAUGACACAGGCUCAAGGAAAAGUGUGGUUCAUGGUUCUUCUUGAGCCUGAGUCAUCAAAAACCAUUUUUUUCCAUGAUGCAGCCUCAUGAAGGACCAUGUUCAACUUUUUGAAUGACUUCUUCACUUCCGGUAUUUCUGAUAGUGAAUGCAAAUUUUACUAUUGCCUAUCAGCCAUUGCUAAGCCUGUCACAUGCCCACCAACAACUGAUUGGCUGGACCUGGUAAAAUUAGCAUGCUGCUUCUGAGUUAAGCAUUGUACAUGUAUGGAAAUUUUCAUGAUGAUUGGACAAAGCACUCACAAGUUACAGCUGUUCUUGGAAAAAUAGCCACACCCACAACUGUUUAUUUGCAUAAGGAAGUCAUAUUGUUUUGAAAGUUCAACAUUGUUUUGAUAAUUAUUCAUUUUCAGAUUCCACAGAUUCUUUCAAGCCUAAUUUGGUGACACUCAGCUUAAUGGUUUAGGACUAGUUUGUGAAAGCUAGUUUUGUAUAAAAAUAAAAAAAUAAUAAUAAUAAUUUAAAAAAAUAAAAUAAAUAAAAAUCAAAAUGGCGGAAAAACAAAAUGGUUGCUGAUGUUGUUUUUUGAGGAAAAGUUGUUCACUGAUGAGAUCUUUCACAGAGAUGUCCCUUGCAAAAUUCCAGCCUCAUUGGCCAACCUGUUGAAGAGUUAUAGGCAUUUAGACCUAUUUGGUUUUUAUAGCGCCCCUAUUGGCAAACAUGCCAAAACUUUAAUGCUUCUUCAGAACCAUCACUUUUUACAAUUAUUGAGGUUCAGACUCCAGAGAUUCUUACAAGACUAAUUUGGUGAUGGUGGGCCAAACUGCCCUAGACUAGUCUGCAAAAGUCGGUUUUGCAAAAAAUUCAAAGCGGCGGAAAAUUUUGUCAUACACAAAUGAAAUCGGGAAUAUACGUUUUGUUUAGCAUGAGCCACAGAAUCGGAGGAAAAAAGAAUUUUGCUUCUAUAACACAUGAUUCAGGAGUUAUGGGCUGUUACAGUGCUACCAUCUGGCCACUAGUCAUUGCAAUAACCUCAGUAGUGGGGAGGUACAGAGUACAGCAGAAUACAGCAGUACAGAGUGACAGCAGUGCAGUGACAGAAGUACAGAGUGACAGAAGUACAGAGUGAUAGAAGUGCAGAGUGAUAGAAGUACAAACUGACAGCGAUGCAGAGUGACAGCUGUCCAGGAUGUGGAGAAAGAAACAUCUGCCUCGUUCUUCCCCUUCACCUGUGGGCCUGGCAAAUGAAACAACAUGAAUCCCUUAAAAGCAGAAGCCACUUGUAGAUGUUAAGCAGAAGUGUGGGGUUUAUUUUCAGAGCAAAUGAAAGAAAACCUUAGACAGAAUGUUGAUCUGAAUCUUGGCUUCUCUUUGUGUAAAUAUUUGACCUGGGAGGGUUCCACAGGAAUGCAGACUGAUCAUUUAAUAAGAUGAUUGCCAAGUCUUGAAGACUGUUUGGUAUGAUUAAAAGGCCAGCAAUGACUAAUGCAGGCAGACCAAAUAAAAUCCUGUUUUCAAGAAGGAAUUUUUUUUUUUACAGAUUUCUUGCUAAAUCACAGUAAUUCAGACAACAGACCAAACAACUCCCGGUAGUAAAAUUUGUAAAAUAAAUAAAUGAAUAAAGAAAUGUUUUAUGCUAUGAUAAUUAA